CUUUACUGUCGUGUGCUGCUUACGUCUACGCUGACCACUGCUGCAAGUACUGAGCUGCCGGCAAACUGUUCCAGCAGAUUCACACAAGCGCGCCCGGUUCCUUAUAACAUGGAAACGUGUAAUACGUGUACAAUGGGCAUGCCGGGAGCGCUCUAAAGAAACGGUAAUCAGGACGUGCCGACGUUCGGACGUCGUCGCCAGAUGUAUGCGAUUCCUCAUACUUAAAAACGAACAUAAAAUGUUCUAGUAUUACACCUAAAGCAAAUUACAUAUUGCGCUUGUAAAAUACCUUUAGUCGCAAAGGUGAAGAAAUUGUAACUGCUGCACUGUGGUCUGAAAUUACUUCAAAGCCAGUUCCAAGGAAUUAUCUAGGCAGGGUUGGCUUAACUCUUGAAGCUUAUUAAGCUCUGGCGUCGGGGCCAGGGCCGCCGCCGUGAGUUUAGCAUUUAACAUGGCGCGGAGCCAGCCCAUCCUAUUCGAGGACGUCUUCGACGUCCGUGAUAAGGAUCCUGAUGGCAAGAAGUUUGACAAUGUUUCCCGCUUCGUGUGCCGUAGCGACCUCUACGAGAUGGAGCUGCAUAUAGACAUUAACACGGAGCUGUUCCCGCUCCAGCGAAAUGACAAGUUUAGCCUGGUGCUCGCUUGGACGCUAAACCUGGACGCUACGCCAGGAAGCGAAAAGUACGACGCGGAGUUUCCGGCGAUCAGCGGGCGCCGUACGCUGAUGGACAACUACGAUUACGUGAUGUACGGCAAGGUGUUCAAGUACAAGGACAACAACACCAAGGUGGAGGUGUUUAUUUCCUUCGGCGGCCUGCUCAUGAAGCUCGCGGGCGACCCCACCAAGCUGGAGCCCAUCGAGGUGGACAACAACGUGUACCUGCUGCUCAAGAAGCUGUGAGCGGUGGGCCGCAGGCGGGAGGCGGGGCGGUGUGGAAGGGGGCCAGGGCAGGGCGGCUGGGAGAGGGCAGCAGGCAGCAGGCGAUGUGAGGAGUAGACCGUCAGGGCUGGUCUGCGUGUGUCGGCCGCGCCGGUGGUUGGAGCAACGCUUAUGUUGGCGGCCUGUUGGUGGGGGUUAUUAACAUUAAACUGGGCUGCCGCAAUGCAUGGGAGCCAUGAGGCCGCAGCAGCUGCAAGGAUGACACAUGCGCACCGCAAUGGGGACCAACAGGGCAGUCGUGCAUGUAUUACUGCUGCCGCAUUGCCAGCCACAUGAAGCCCCAGGCCCCAGGCUUGCGGUUGCGAGUUGACAGCAGCCUUACUUACCGAUACAUCGUGGUAUGCUGCAAGUGAUAUGGCAGCGGGAGGAUGGAUGCCAUGGCUGAAACACCUUUGGCCCUCCCGUUGUUGUGAGGAGGAGGGCGUUACCUGUUGUCUGGCCUGGUGGGUGGUGGAUGCCUGGGCGUGUCGCAUAACUCCGCUCCUCAAGCAUGAAGAGGUUGGCAGACGGGCGGCAGUGAACCGUUGCUUGACGCACAACCCUUGCCUAUCAUGUUGCGUGUGAGAUGAGGGUGUAGAAGAGAUGAGUGGGGGCGAGACAUCAGAGCCAGACUGACAUGCUGACGAAGCAGCAGCAGGUCCGUACAGCUCUCCGUGGGUCACCGCGCAGAAGGGCGGUAAGGGCGAGAGUGCACGCAUGGUGGUAUGCUUUUCUUAACCAGGGCCCUUGCAGACGAUGCUUAGUGUGUGUGUGGAAGCUGGUGAUACGGUAGUGGUUUGGUCUUGCGGAAUGUGGGCUCUGACACUUUACCCAAGGAGGGGAGGCUACCGGUAGCCAUACAUGGCGUUGCGUUGUGGGGUAUGGAAGUCGACGUGGCACGACGGUGCGUGUGUCGGUAUUGAGCAAGGUUAGGAAGCGAGGAUUACACUGGAGGAGCAACCAGUAAGGAGUCCGUACUGG